AUGGGCAGAGUCGUGAACAUCCACAUCUACCCAGGCCAUUUCAGUGACUCCAGCAGCAGCUCCAGCGACGAGUCCCCGGCGCGGUCGGUGCAGUCCACGGCCGUCCCCGCGCCCGCCUCCCAGCUGCUCCCGUCGCUGGAGAAGGAUGAGCCCCGGAAGAGUUUUGGGAUCAAGGUUCAAAAUCUUCCAGUGCGCUCAACAGAUACAAGCCUUAAAGAUGGACUUUUCCAUGAAUUCAAGAAGUACGGGAAGGUGACGUCGGUGCAGAUCCACGGCGCGUCCGAGGAGCGGUAUGGCCUGGUGUUCUUCCGACAGCAGGAGGACCAGGAGAAAGCACUAAAUGCCUCCAAAGGAAAACUUUUCUUUGGCAUGCAGAUUGAAGUCACGGCCUGGAUAGGACCAGAAACAGAAAGUGAGAACGAGUUUCGUCCUUUGGAUGAAAGGAUAGAUGAGUUUCACCCAAAAGCAACGAGAACUCUGUUCAUUGGCAACCUGGAGAAAACAACCACCUACCACGACCUUCGCAACAUCUUCCAGCGCUUCGGGGGAAUAGUGGACAUCGACAUUAAGAAGGUGAACGGGGUCCCUCAGUACGCCUUCCUGCAGUACUGUGACAUUGCCAGUGUGUGCAAAGCCAUUAAGAAGAUGGAUGGGGAAUAUCUUGGAAAUAACCGGCUCAAGCUGGGGUUUGGGAAGAGCAUGCCUACGAACUGCGUGUGGUUGGACGGGCUCUCCACCAACGUGACGGAUCAGUACCUGACCCGACACUUCUGCCGAUACGGGCCCGUGGUGAAGGUGGUGUUUGACCGCUUAAAAGGCAUGGCCCUGGUUCUCUACAAUGAGAUUGAAUAUGCACAAGCAGCUGUAAAAGAGACCAAGGGGAGGAAAAUCGGUGGGAAUAAAAUUAAGGUGGACUUUGCAAAUCGGGAGAGCCAGCUGGCAUUUUAUCAUUCCAUGGAGAAAACGGGUCAAGAUAUCAGAGACUUCUACGAAAUGCUGGCAGAAAGGAGCAGAGACGAACGAAGAGGAUCCUACGAAUACGCCCCUGAUCGUACUUACUACGAGACUGUUCGGACCCCGGGGACAUACCCCGAAGAUCCUCGGCGAGAAUACCCGGCCCGGGGCAGGGAAUUCUACGCCGAGUGGGAUCCCUACCAAGCAGACUACUACGACCCACGAUACUAUGACGACCCGCGCGAGUACAGGGAUUACCGGGGCGAUCCCUAUGAGCAGGACAUCCGGGAGUACAGUUACAGGCAACGGGAGAGAGAGAGGGAGAGGGAACGGUUCGAAUCCGAUCGAGACAGAGACCAUGAGCGGAGACCAAUUGAGCGGAGCCAGAGCCCGACGCACUCGCGGCGCCCGCAGAGCCCUGGAGCGUCCCCCUCGCAGUCGGAGCGGCUGCAGAGCGACUCAGAGAGGAGGAUUUACAGCAGGUCAUCGGAUCGCAGCGGCAGCUGCAGCUCCCUGUCCCCUCCACGCUACGACAAGCUCGACAAGGCCCGCGUGGAACGGUACGCAAAAAACGAGAAGGCGGAGAAGGAGCGCGUGUUCGAGCAGGAGAGGGUGGACAAGGAGAAGCGCUUGGUGAGGAAGGAGAAGCCGGAAAAAAUUGAAAAGGAGAAAAUGGAUAAGCAAAAACGAAAAGCGAAAAUCCAUUCACCCAGCUCCCAGUCCUCGGAAACAGAUCAGGAGAAUGAGAGAGAACCUAGCCCAGAAAAACUGAAGGGCAACAGUAAACAAAGCAAAGAGAGGGGUGACAAAGAAGGGACAGCGAAAAACCGCCUGGAACUGAUGCCCUGCGUUGUGCUGACCCGCGUGAAGGAAAAGGAAGGGAAGGUUAUCGAUCAGCCCACACUGGAGAAACUGAGAGCAAAGCUUGAUAAUGACACUCUGAAAUCCCCACUGCUCGAACAGAAAACCCAGACAUCCCAGGCUGAGCAAGCCAAGUCUGAGCAGUCUAAACUGGAACCUGUCAGAACCAAGGUACAGAAGGAGAAAGCCCUUGCCAGUCACAUCGAAGUGGUGGAUAAGGAGGGAAAAAUGAAAUCCAAAAAGCACUUGAAGACAGAGCAAACUUCUGAGGGGGCCAACACAGUUGAUUUAGACAAGCUGGAGGCUCGUAAAAGGCGUUUUGCCGAUGCAAAUCCGAAGCCUGACAGGCAAAAGCUGGAUGUCAAAAGGAGCAGCCAGGAUGAGGAGGAUGCACGCAUGGUCUUGAAAAAGCAGCUUGAUGCGACGGCAUCGUCCAGAGAAGCACCGAUGUUAAGGGAAGGAGAGUUGGAGAGGAAACCGCCGAGGAAGGAGAUGAUUAAAAGGGAAUCUAAAAAGCUCAAACUGGAAAGACUUAUUCCUGUUACUAGUCCCAAAGAAAUUCAGGACACUCUUAAUGUCGGUGGGAUUGGUAUGCGUCCCACCCUGGAUAUGCAGACGAGGCUGAUGGAGGCACCUGAUGAAUCCGUGGAAGUUCAGGAACUCCCGUCUAAAAAACUGAACCCAAUGAAACCCCAACAUAAACAGGUCCAAUUGCUGGACGAGCAGGGAACGGAGAGAGAGGACACAAGGAAGAAUUACUCCGGUCUUCCCGAAGAAACACCAGACCAUAAACUUGGCCAAGAGAAACCUCAGUCAACUGACACGGAGGAGAAAAUCGGCAUCGACAUUGACCACACGCAGAGCUACCGGAAGCAAAUGGAGCAAAGCCGCAGGUUGAAACAACAGCUGGAAAUGGAGAUCGCGAAGUCGGAGAAGUUCGGCAGCCCAAAGAAAGAUGUGGAUGAAUAUGAAAGGCGGAGCCUGGUCCACGAGGUAGGAAAACCUCCUCAAGACGUCACUGAUGACUCUCCACCGAGUAAAAAGAAAAAGACUGACCAGUUCGACUUUGAAAUUAGCACUAAAAGAGAAAGGAACUACAGAAGUUCUCGUCAGGUGAGUGAGGACUCAGAAAGGAUGUCCUGUUCCCCGAGCAUCAGACACUUCCCGUUCCAUGAGGAUGAUGACACACUCGAUUCUCCAAGGCUAAUGCCAUUAAAGGAAACCAAAGAGUCACCUAAAAUAGAAGAAAAGGGUCUUUCAUACUCAAACAUGACUGUGAGGGAGGACUCGCUGAAAUUCAAUCCUUACGAUUCCAGCAGAAGGGAGCAGAUGGCAGAAAUGGCUAAAAUAAAACUCUCCGUGAUGAGUUCUGAGGAAGACUCAAGCAGGUGGGAAACCCAGGUGAAGCAGGAGCCUGGGAGAGUCGACAUCAGCUUUCCAAGCAGCAUCGUCAAAAGAGACAGCAUCCGGAAACGGUCUGUCCGGGACCUGGAGCCUGGGGAGGUGCCUUCGGAUUCAGAUGACGAUGGAGAAAACAAACCCCAUUCCCCGAAAGCCUCGUCCUUGUUAGAGAGUUCCAGGUUGUCUUUUUUAUUAAGGGACAGAGAGGAAAAGUUACGUGAAAGAGAGGAAAGACUGUCCAGUUCCUUAGAAAGAAACAAAUUUUACUCUUUUGCAUUGGACAAGACAAUCACACCAGACACAAAGGCCUUGCUCGAAAGAGCUAAAUCCCUCUCUUCAUCCAGAGAGGAAAACUGGUCCUUUCUAGACUGGGAUUCAAGGUUUGCUAGUUUUAGAAACAAUAAAGACAAAGAGAAGGUUGACUCGGCUCCGAGACCUAUUCCAUCUUGGUACAUGAAAAAGAAAAAAAUCAGAACAGAUUCCGAAGGCGGAAAACUGGAUGAUAAGAAAGAAGAUCAUAAAGAGGAAGAACAAGAGCGGCAGGAACUGUUCGCGUCUCGGUUUUUGCACAGUUCAAUCUUUGAGCAGGACUCCAAGCGCCUGCAGCAUUUAGAGAGGAAAGAUGAUGAUCUGGACUUCAUCUCUGGAAGGUUGUAUGGGAGACAGUCCUCCUCCGACGGGACGAACAGCGCGGCCGAUUUGGUGCAAGAGCCGGUGGUUCUCUUCCACAGCAGGUUUGUCGAGCUGACACGAAUGCAGCAGAAAGAAAAGGAGAAAGAUCAGAAACCAAAGGAAGUGGAAAAACAGGAAGAUAAAGAAAACUGUCCAAAAACACCAGAAACGGUUCCUGAUAGUAAAGAACCAGAACAUAAAACUUCCUCGGUCGGUCCCUCAUCGGUCACUGUGCUGCCACAGGAACCAGCUCCCAUCGCUCCUGAGAAGGUAGCGAGCGAAAAGGUCCUGGUGGAACCACCUUCUGUCAAAGAAGAGAAACCUUCUGAACCUGUUGCUGCAGCAGAGGAACAAAAACCUUUUCCUGAACUCGCUGCUCCUGUCAAAACAGAACCUCCUGAGCAAACGGAACCUCCGCCGGUUGUAGAAGCGAGUAAAGAAGUUGUUGCUACGACCCUGGCACCAGAGGAAGAUGCUGUGGCAACAGAGCAUCCUUCAUACUUGGAUACCAAACCUCCUACUCCUGGGGCUUCAUUUUCCGAUGCAGAUAUCAGUGUAGAUCCAGAACCUGAGGCUGCCCAGCUGCUUCCUCCUGUGCCCAAGCUGGUUCAGAAGUCGGAUGAGGCUGCUGAACCUAAAGAGGAAAAUCCUCCACCUUCUGCCAACGCUGAUGCUGGCGUGAGUCAAAAAGUGGAGGUAGCUGCUGAGGUCCUGCCACCUGUUUCUGACAAUGAUAUGGAAGUGGAACCUCCAGUGGUUGUAAAAGAUAAGAAAUCCUACAAGAGUAAACGCUCCAAGACACCCGUGCAGUCGGCUGCAGCCAGUGUCACGGAAAAACCCGUCACGAGGAAGAGCGAAAGAAUUGACCGUGAAAAGCUGAAAAGGUCGAGCUCUCCUCGUGGGGAGACCCAGAAGCUGUCUGAAUUGAAAGUGGAGGCGGAGAAGGUUUCGAGGAAUGCUGCUAAAUCCCCGAGUUCUGCUGCAGAGCCGGAAAACGUGGAGCCAAGCCUGCCGAUAGGCCGGACCAGGCGCAGAAAUGUGAGGUCAGUCUAUGCUACCACAGGGGACAAUGAAGGCCCAUCUCCAGUGAAGGACUCCAUGGAGGUCACUAGAUCCACCAGGAAGAGAGGGGAAAAGGAACCACAGGAAACAGUAACAACUGUUCCCACGACCCCGAGGAGGGGAAGACCUCCGAAAACCCGCCGUAAGCCGGAGGAGGACAUUUCUCCAAUAAAGACUGAACCGGUACAGCAAGAGGUGGAGGAGGCUGAAAGUAAAGAUACCGUGGAAGCUCCUAAGCCUGUAGAGGGUUGGAGGUCCCCUAGAUCCCAGAAGCUCACACACAGUCACCCAUCAGCUGCUACCAGCCAACAGGGGAAGAAAGGGAAGAAUGAACCGAAAGCCGAUACCACAGCUGAGUCUGAAGAUGCUGCUGCUGAAAGAAGCAGUCAGGAAUUGAGCAUGGGAGACAACAGCAAUAAAGCUAAAGCUGCUGAGAAAGAGCCAGCAGCAAGCGAGCAGAAACGGGAUCGGAAAGAACUGGAUGUGGAGAAAAACCAGCUCGAAAUCCCCACAGUUGAGAUCAUUGAGAAGAAGCCAGUGCCAGAAAAGGUUACGAAAUCCAAAAGGGGAAGGUACAAAAAUACCAAAACUGUCGUCGAUAAAGCAUCUGUGUGUCUGAAAAACGUGGAAAUACGCCUGAAUGUGGACGAAGUCAAGGGCGCCUUGCGACCCACUGAGGAGGAGGCAGAGCCGGUGGCAGUGUCGCCGCCCAAGAUGAAGAGUCCCCCAAAAGAGGACAUCUUGCCACCCCACUUCGCUAAGAAUGAGGUAGAAGAUUCAUUCCCAGAAAUGGAGAAGGAGGUGACACGGGAGCCCAAGCAGUCCCCCGAAGCCGCCCAGUUGGCAAAGCAGAUUGAGCUUGAGCAGGCGGUGGAGAAUAUUGCAAAACUCACUGAAACUCCUCCAACGAUUGCUGCCUACAAAGAGCCGACAGCAGAUGUGCCUGAAGUCCGUCAGGAGGAGGAGGCAGAUAAACCCGCGCACCAGGCGAGUGAAACAGAGCUGGCAGCGGCCAUCGGCUCCAUCAUCAAUGACAUUUCUGGGGAGACUGAAAGCUUCCCUGCACCCCCGACAUAUCCCACUGAAUCAGAAACCGAAAUCCCCACAGAGCCCUUGGUGUUACCGUCGCCUCGGGAGGAGAUGGAGCCUGAGACGGAUCAGGCAGUGAACAAUAUCCUGGAAACUGAGGCGGCCGUCGAGCCUGCAGUGCAGUCGGUGCCCGGCUCUGUCCCGUUGGAGACAGAGAGCAAGGAGUCCGAAGUCAGCUUCAGCGAAUCUUCCAACUCCGCUCAGGAGGCCGAGACCUUGCAGGAGGCUGAAGUUGCUCGGAAGGAAAAGGGCCGUCAGAAAACCUCACGGCAGAGACGCAAGAAGAGCACGAGCAGGAAGGGCGAUGCCACCGAGGUCAAUGCCUUUGAGCCGGAGAGGGUGCAGAGCAGGUCACCCCCUGCCAACGAGGUAAAGGCAAAACCUGAGGAAGUCUCAAAGGAGGAGAAACAAAUUAAACCCUCAGCAUCUGUGGAGCCAAGCGCUUCUGACCCCACCAAGGCUGUGGCCGCUGACGUUGUGGCUGCCCAUGAGGCUGUCGCUGAGAGCAGCACCUCUCCAAAAGCACCCGCUCCCGCUCCUCUGGACCUGGGCAGCCCACCGGUUCCCCUAGAUGAGGGGAGUCAGAGCGGGUUCAAG